UUGUUCCUGUGGAUAUCUACGUUCCUGGCUGUCCUCCUACUGCUGAAGCUUUACUUUACGGUAUUUUCCAAUUGCACAAGAAGAUGAGAAGAACAAAGAUCACUCAACUUUGGUACAGAAAGUAAAAGAAGUAAAAAAUUAAUUUGUCCAGAAAAUAAAGUCAGAAUUAGAAAAUAGCAACCGUAAUAAAAAAAGAAAAAGGAUCUUUCUUUUGUUGUAUACAUUUUUUUUCUUUUUUUUUUCUUUACUCUUUUUCUAAACAAUGUCUACAACCACUGACCACGAAACAGCGACGGCAAGGAUAACCAGAGAAAGUACGACUGCUGUCAGAACAGCGGAUGAUGAUAGACCUACUCCUACCACUACCGAAAGGUCUACGACGGAAACGAGAGAAACUACUACCGAAGUAACUGCAACACGAUCAACAGAGGCUAAACCAACAGAGGACCCUACACCUACAGAAAGAACCUCGUCCAGGACUGUAGAACAAACGCCGACGGUUGACAGCUCAACAAGUGAACGAGCCACUACAUCCGACUCAGGGAGUACAAGGACAUCCGAAACGGCAACUCCUGACCGAACAACCACAGCAGUAACAACCGAAGAUUCGACGUCAAGGUCAGACCCUACUACGACUGUACCUUCGACAACACACGAUGUGACAACUAGUCAUAUUACCACGACAGCACAAACGAUUGAGCCACAGACUACGUCUUCCUUGGAAACAACUUCUACUGAUCGGACAUUCACAACAGAAAAUACGCCAACUACGACCAUAACCUCGCUUUUAUCAACAACAACAGGAGAGCAAACCUCUAAGGCUGAGCCAACUACUUCAACUAGAGUUACAGCCACAUCACCCGAAACACCAACGAGCAACACAACCCCUGAAAGUACGCCGACACCAACUUCAGCUACAGGAACAGAAACAACAUCAACAGCUGAAACCAUGACAACACCUGCAUCUCCUACAACAAGUUCUGAGCCGUAAGUAUGAAAAAUAUAUGCAAGCAUGCAAGUUUGUUACUCACUACAUUAUUUAUUUUUGGCUUUUUGCAUCAUUU